AUGCAAGCGUGUAGGAAGCUGCGGGUUUUGCCGUUACGGCAAGUUUUGUCUCAGCUGGAAUCAGCGUUCAUUUCUUUUCGCGACCUGACCUUGACCCCACGUGACAUCCAAGCUGCUUGCUGGUCCAUCCGGCAUAAUACAUCCGUUCUAAGCCUAGACUUCACGGGAAAUUUUAUCAAAGGGAGAGAAUUUCGACACAUCAAAGAUUUACUGGCGACAUUGGAAAACUUGUGUCACUUAGUAGGUCGUCGACUGGGCAAAUGUAAUAAACUGGACGACAAAGACGCCUUGCCUCUGGCAGCUUUGAUCAAAACAAACCGAGUCUUGACAGUCCUACUCUUACGUCACAACGAGUUUAGGGAAGAUGGCGGUCUAAUCCUAGGGGAGGCAAUAGGUAUCAACUCCAGUCUUGAAGUAUUAGAUCUAGGCUGGAACCACAUCAGGAGGAGGGGGGCUAUUGGCAUAGCUCAAGGACUGGAGAAAAACACCUCCCUGCGCGUGGUCAACCUGGAGUGGAACGGGUUCGGGUUCGAGGGUUGCGUGGCUCUCGGCGACACCCUGGCCUGUAACUGCACAAUGACGGAGCUAAACCUGGCGUGCAACAGGAUACACCCGCCCGCACUGUUGGAGCUACUGCGGGGCUUGGCUGUCAACAAGACACUCAGGAUACUGAAACUCGGUCACAAUCCCAUAACUGCAGGAUUCUCUAGUCUGAUACUGGCUGUAGUAAAACGACAGCCUGAAAGUGCUCUAGAAAACAUCGAUCUUGAGAAUGUCGUGGUGGACAAGGAAUUCGUCUCACUCCUGAGACAGAUCCAGCUGGAGAGGUUUUUCAUCGUGACCUAUGACCUCUCGCUGCCUGUGAGGAAGCUGACCUUGGACGAGAUGAGAGAAAAGGUUGGACUGCCCAGUGCCUACAACGUGGACCCACUCAAAAUGUUGUACCUGUUAAAGGAGAAAAUGAGAGCGUCUGACUUUUUCUACAAGAUCAACAAAGACCACGACAAAGGGUUGCAGAGAAACGAACUGUACGCUUUGUUUGAUGAAGCCGGACUGCCGGUUACCGGAAGCGUCAUUGACAAAAUAAUGGAGUUUAUGGACACUAACGAUGACGGCAUUAUCGAUCUUAAAGAGUUUCUGCUGGGGGACAAGAGAAUCAAAAGUAUUUCCAGAAAACUGAUCAGGGAGGAUGUAGAGAAGAAAGAUUAUAGCAAGUAUUCUAGAACAUUCCAGAGGGCUCACAUUGAUCCAAUCACUAACGCACUGAAGAUUGACCCCAACACGUCACCAAUGCGACAGUCCAGACGUUUAUCUGUGGAGAAGUCCAAGAGAGAGGCAGACGACAAAUUAGUUCAGAUAUCAAUUUGAAACAUUGGAACAACAAAACUUGUUUAAGAAUCGUGCGAAUAAAGCAUUUUAAAAUACCCCUUU